AGACUGCGGGCAAAUUGCACAUCCAGUAUGAAUGAAUGUAAACACGGAGUAAAAUGCUGCUGUCGUGCAAAAUGAAACUCAUCUUAGUAGUAGGACAGUUUUUCAAAGAGAUAAUUUAAUCGCUUAGUUUUAGUGGUCAUCUUUUACGAAAGGGUUGAAUGCGUUGAUAGCAGCAGCCGUCUGUUUGUGUUGGAUCAGUUAAGUUAGCUGAAUGUAGCCAUUUUUAAAGCAGACUGGACUUUUUCUGCAUGGAUGAGAAUUUGUGUUGGCAGUUCAGUGCGCAUGAUGUAAUGCCAGUGUUCAUGUAUCUGUAGGAUUUGAUUACUGCUAGUGAUACUAGGUCUUUACGUUUAAAGCCUUUGGUGCGGUAAGGAGUGGAACAACUACAGCCAGAGAUUGGUGUGCUAGUUUACCUUGAGGAGGCUCAAAUGUGUAAUUUCACAGUGUAUUUAGUAGAUUCAUGUAAUGCAGUCCGGUUAAAUGUAGUUCAAAUGAGAAAUCUGUACCAGGGUAUGCCACCAACUAAUACUUAAGUUCUAAAAAAUAUCAAGGCUACAUCAAAAUGUCUGCAUUUUGUGCAAAGAGCAUUUUCCAAAGCCUCAGGUGCACCGUUCACAGAGUUUCUGUGUCAGUUCGGAUCGCUCCUCCAAGAACUUUCUUCAUCAAAAGGAGUCCAGUUCUCUCUCAUACCCCCAAAGUGGCACUGCUGUGUUGGGGGGUGGGCAGCGUCACAUAUGCUUCAGCACAAGAAGCAGUACUUCCACAGAGGACUACAGAGAAGAAGUCUGUUGUCAGAGUGCAGGUUCACAGGCUCAUAUUCAUCUUGCGACUAAGCAUCCGUGCCAUGAUACUCUUGUUCAAAUUCAGCCCCCUCUUGCUGCUCUACCCCCUGACUCUGCUGUCCCAGCGCUGUUCCUCCUGUUGGCUUGAUGCCCUGCUGUGGGUCACAGAGUCCUCAGGUCCAACAUUCAUCAAGCUUGGUCAGUGGGCCAGCACGCGACGGGACAUCUUUUCUCAGGAGUUCUGUGACCGCUUUGCCCGACUCCAUGUGAGAGUGCAGCCCCACUCCUGGGCACACACUAAGCAGUGUCUGAAGCGGGCCUUUGGCGAGGGCUGGAGGCAGCUGUUUGUGUUUGACAGUAAGGAGCCUGUGGGCUCAGGCUGUGUGGCGCAGGUGUAUCGGGCUAAGGCUCGAGUCACAAGUGUGGAGGACCCGGCCUUCCAGGAGCUGUUAGACAGCCUUGAGAAAGAGGAUCUGCUGGAAGCUUGGGAGAUCCCAGGGCUCGGUGGAGCUUGGGGUCAUGUGUGGGGGCCAGAAAAGGGAGAAGGGGAGUCCUCAGAGACACAGGAGAGCUCUGCUGAACUUCCACACACUCCAAGAAAGUACACAGAGGAGGAGUGUCUCAUGCCUGUGGCAAUUAAAGUGCUUCAUCCUGGCAUCAGAAGGCAGGUUGAAAUAGACCUGAUUUUAAUGAAGGCAGGGAGCGUGCUCAUCAGCUGCUUACCUGGUCUCAAGUGGCUGAGCCUGCCUGAAGUGGUGGAUGAAUUUGAGAAGCUCAUGACCAAACAGAUAGACCUUCGCUUUGAAGCAAGGAACAUAGAACGGUUCAAGAAUAACUUCAAGGACUUGAAAUAUGUCAAGUUUCCAACACCGCUCAGACCAUUUGUCACAAGGACUGUCCUGGUGGAGACAUACGAGGAAAGUGAACCCAUUUCCAACUACCUCAAGUCUGAGGUGCCUGUGGCCACGAAGCAGAGAAUCGCCCGGAUGGGAGUGGACACUCUGCUGAAAAUGGUGUUUGUGGAUAACUUUGUCCAUGGAGACCUCCAUCCAGGUAACAUCCUGGUUCAGAGUGGUCAAGGGGCCGGGCCCCAGGACAGGGCCACACUAACGGACCUGUGGGACACAGUGGUGGUCAGCAUGAGGCCAUCCCCUCCUCCUCUGCGGCUGGUACUACUGGAUGCUGGGAUUGUGGCCCAGCUCAGUGAGACAGAUCUGCACAACCUCAGAGCUGUCUUCACUGCUGUUGUCCUAAAACAGGGGGAGCGUGUGGCAGAGCUGAUUCUGAACCAUGCCAGGGCCAGCGAGUGUAAGGAUGUACCAGGCUUCAAAAAGGAAAUGGCUGAGCUUGUGAACCACGCACUCAGCGACACUUUGUCUCUGGGGAAGGUUCAGGUGGCAGAACUGCUGUCUCGUGUCUUUGGAUUGCUCAUUCGCCAUAAGGUGAAGCUGGAGAGUAACUUUGCCUCCGUCGUGUUUGCCAUCAUGGUACUAGAAGGCUUGGGCAGGUCCCUGGACCCUAACCUGGACCUCCUGGAGAUUGCCAAGCCUCUGCUGCUGAAGAACUGUGCUUCUCUUCUCUCCUGAGUGUCAGCACUGAAGUGAGGCCCCUUUUGUACAAUGAGUUGGUUUGUGUAAAAUGUGUGAAAUCCAAUUAGCUUUGACAAAUGAGCAAGCCAUGACUGAUUAGUGAAAAAUGGAUUACUAAUAGACUUUUGAAUUGAGGAUUAAGGAGUGUUAUUCUGUUAAAAGAAUUGAGGGUGCAAUUGUACAGUGGAGUUUUGGAUCUACUAUGGGUCCCUCCUUUGCCUCUUCAUUGCAACCGAUGACCUCGUCCUCCUGGCUAGAGGAAAAAUACUACAAACAUGAUUUGAGUUACAUAUAGUACACAUGCACAGUGUGCUGUGGAUAAACAUUUGAUAAUAAGCUAAUAUCGGCAGAUACAGUGCUGAGGAGUAAAUGACGUUGGUGCAUUGUGUUCAGGAAAUGUGAAAAGUCAUGAUUUUACUCUAUACUUUAUGCAUGUUGCCCUAACAAUGCAAGGAAAUAUAGAGGUCCAUACAUUCUUAGAAGCACUAUUUUGUACACUGUGAUGUUUAUCCUAAUGAAAGUAUACAUGUAGUCAUACUUUAUAAAUUGUGGUGUAAGUGUGAUUUAUGUUGGUGUGGAUGUUAUCUUCUUUCCUGACACCCUUUUUCAUUGUAGACAACCUCAGGAUUAAGUUUCAGCAAAAGUGUCUGUCAGAUCUUGUAAUGACACAUUUUAGAUUUUAUCCAAAUUAUUGGAUAAAAAAAAAUUAUCACCUUGUUUUGACACUAAGCUCAUAAAAUUAUCUAUGAAAAGGUUAUUAAUAAUAAAUCCUAUUAUCUAAAUGUAUUUUGUACAAUUAUCUGGAAUAAAAUAAAUAAUGUGCAUGGCUGUUAUUUCUUGUAGCUCCAAUAAAGAUAAAUAUAUUUCCUAAUAUGUUUUAUUAUGUUGAUUUAUUUACUUUGUCAGUGGAAACGUUAGCUUUUCUGUUCUGCAGUUCAUGGGAUCCUGUAUUAAAACUACACACCAAAACACUCCACCACCCUGUUUUAAUAAGCCAUUGACUUAGACUGGUGGUCU